CGAAUUUUUAUUCGGAAUUAAGUAUCCUGUCCAUAAGGAACAGGAAUCAACACCAAUCAUUCUUCAUCGUUUGUUUGACCUACAAUUACUAGUCCUGAUGACGGAAUUUAGAUUACAACAGCAUAACAAAUGAGUCAGCUGUUUAUAUAUAUAUAUAUAUUUCAGCAAGCAUAAUUUGAUUACAGGUGAUUACCACUUUGUGAUUUCGAUGUACAGACACACGAUUAAUGAAACAUUGAACAAUUACAUAAAUUAUUAAGAAAAUGAACUUUGUAUUAGUAACACACUUAUUGUCGGAUCCACUUGAUAUUGUCUGCCAUGUGUCUGUAUGUAGGAUAAGUGAAAGGGAUUUCCUGCAACAUGAUGAUAACAAGUGAUCUAUCAGUGCUACACUGUACAUCAAACACAGACACGCACAACUAUUUAUCAUAGAUAUAAAUGUGUACAAUGAAUAUAUUAACAAUCAAAGUGGUUAUAAUAACAAUAAUGCUAACACAGAUUAAAAUGUCGAAAAGUUUUCAUCCACAUUGCUAAAUACUACUACUACUUCUACUGCUACAAGAAUAGCAACAUCAUUACCGUCAAAACUGUCAGCAACAAGAAACUAACCGUGGCUACUUCCAAUAAAAAAAAGAAAUCACUUUGAUAAAAUUAAACAAAAUGUUCCCACGUCCCAAACCGGUCAAAAUCAACCCACCAUCUUCAAACUUAUCAGUAAAACGUGAAAAACAGUCUGAUGGGAAGAACAAACAUUUUGAGAGGAUUGGUCGUUCGGGUUCUUGCAGAGCAAGUCAAGCCUCUGUCAAUACUCAAACAUCUAAGCCUUCCUACUUCACAAAACCUUACUCUGAUACAAAAAGUCAAAAUGAAAAUAUCAAAAUUCCUCAGUUUCUGGACUAUAAGAUUAAGAAAAAUGAUUUUAAAACCAUAUACACUGACAGUAUAAAAGAAACAAUUUCCAAGAAAUCAUCCUGCAGUACUACGUCUUUGAAUUUCUGCGACUCUAAGUAUGGAUUAAAAACAGUGAAAAAUAAAGACAAUGCUAAUUUUCAGCAGCACUCUAUAAAUAAGACUUCUCAGACUGCAUCAGGCAAUUCUAAUAUACCAACUGUUGUAAAUACAUCGCAAAAUAAUUGUUCCAAGGUAAUUAAUAAAGACACAACAAAGAAAAGAUGUAAUAUACCUAAUUCUAUCUCCGCCACCUUCAGUCUCUCAGCCGGAGAUGACAGGAUUUACUGUGACAGUGGCAUAUCGUCUUCAUCUUAUUCUAAGGAUAGUGCUUGUACUUCCCCUUCAGAUCCAGCUGCUCCCGCAUCAGGGACGUUCAUUGACUCUAUUCUUCACAGGAAACAGGAACCUAAAGCAACUUCAAGAAUUCCAGUUUUUUCUGAAAAGCCAGACAAAAGUCCGAGUUCCGAUUUCUGCAAAAUUCCUGAUCCUAAAAAUGGCGUCAAUAUAACACAGAAGCGUUACAAACCUAAUACGAUAAGUCAGAUAACUGAUCAGAGAGAUACUAGAGCUAACCUGAAUCCUGAUCUCUCUCAUAUCCCUGAUCCUAAACAUGAUGUCAAUAUACAACAAUGGCAUUAUAGACCUCAUGCUAUUAUUCAAGUACCCGACCAGGUAGAUAGCACAGUUAGCUCGCUUACAAUACAAAUUGCGAAACGAGAUCUACACAAUAUGGAGAAGGAUCCAACACCCCCGUUAGGAAAUAUGACAACAGCUAAACGGCCAAACAAAAUUUGCAUGGGUCUUAAAGAUAGGAGACUUAAAUCAAAUGAAGUCGAAAAUAUAAUUGCAAGUACUAUCCAAAGUAUGAUGCCAUUUUCACUUUCUGAUACAAGCGAAUCGAAUAGGUACUCCAAACCAACUGGCUCUCCUAAAAUUAUCGCCACUGAAGACGAACUGGACAAUUCUAAGAGGAUAUCGUCUACCAACAAUCCAAUCAGCUUCGCACAAGUCAGUGAAAAGUCUGAUACUUGUACUUUAUCAAAAAGCCUAUCCAGUCAGGUUGCUGAGAAUCCAUACGACAAACCAUUUGACGUAACAAAUGAUCCUGACCGACUUCUAUCAUCUCUGUCCAAACUCAGCCCAAAUCCAAGUUUGGAAGAUGCGGCUUGGGAUCGAAAGUACUUUUCAGAUGUCGAAAGUGAAUAUGCUGCAUUAGACAUUACAUUGCCUCAUUUAAAGCGUGAAAGUUUAACUGAAGCGGAAAUUGACUCGGAUUUAAACAGGAACUUGUCACAAUUUUUACCAUGUAGCAAACCUAUAGAAGAGCUGAUGGAUGUCACAAACUGCUCAAAAACACAUCCUCCAGUCAACAGUCGCCUUUAUUCGGGAAACCUAUUGGAGCCUGGUUACUUUUCAGAUACAGAAGCCAUUUUCUCAACUCAAAGCAAUUUUGGAAUACUUAAUGAUCCUGGUAAUUCUGCAGCCUAUACGACUAAUAAUUCAAAUUUUCCAAAUUCUCCUGUAAAACCAGUCGUUCCCAAAGGCCUAUCUGGAGAUAAUCAGAUAAACAUGUUUAUUGGACAAAACCAAACUAUGACGAGUCAUGGAGUUCCCAGCUUCACACAAAUUUCUCAAAAAUUCAAUAGGACGGCUCAGAUCCAAGAGGCAAAAUGGCCAAAACUAUGUAGCUUACAGAAUCUUUUUCAACGCGAAAAUAAAGACUUACAUACACAUUACAGUAAUCAACAGAAUGUUACAAAGAAGACUAAUGUCUCAUUUCCUAACUGCGCAGUGGGUACAGGACCUCUAAGUCAGGUGAAGCUCCCUUAUCCAACUGUGUCCUUGAUGGCAAAUGUAGGUUCACUAGAUGACGUAGCUGCAAAGCCUUGUACUUCAAGUUAUGGUAUGCAAAGAAGAGGAGACUGUAAUUCAGGUCUUGAUUCAAAUCAUCAUAUAAAUAGAAGAAAUUUAUUAACGACAGUGGAAUCAAGUGCUGUUACGCAGGUUGUGGACGCAGCGAAAGUUAGCAACACCAGUAUCAGUAUGACUGAAGAUCUUUAUCAGAAGACUAAAAGUCUUUAUGAACAAAUCUCCACAAUGUCAGCUGAGAUAUCACUUAGAGAUAUUAUGAUUGGAGCCUUAAAAGAUAAUGUAGCAAAUAUGACGGAUCGAAUUGAACAACUUGAAGCUUUAGAAAUUAUGAAAAACUCUGAGAUACAAGAGCUUCAAAGCAUUAUAAAUCAUAUACGCGGUGAAGAUAAGGACAGCAAGUCCUCGGCCAGCAUUUUUCAACCAAGACCACCAAGGUCGACGUCUUGUCGUACACUUCCUGAUGCUAUGUACCAAGACAAUCAAGAUGCUGUAAGCUUGAGUAGCGUUGCAAGUGGCACAAGUGCCGGCAGUCAAACCAUGCACGCAGACUCAAAGAAACAUGACAACUGCUCCUAUUCUAUUGGGAACAAUGCUUCAACGUUGGAAACAGAGGCAGUCCAUACUAAACAUCCCAGAUGGGGAGCAAUGGUUGUGUGCUGAAAAUAAACUUCAGCAAAACACUACAAACCCAUCUUAUUGGAGAGAAGUUUCAAACAACACAGAAAUCUAAGA